GAAGGGUAAUUUCGUAUCGGAAAAGAGAGACAGAAGUUUAUGCACGCGAAACGAAUGACGUUGGUGCGAAAGGAAAAAAUUAAAAAUACAAAAUUUGCCAUUCUCUGGCAUAAAUCUCCACUGCUAUUGGAAAAUGGCAAUUUUCUUUUGCCUCCUUCUUCCUCUCUCUGUCUCUGUAUUAAUCUCCAUUCUUGAAAAUGGUGUUGUUGAGUUGUGAUUGACGCUCCUACUACUACUACUCCUGCUACUAUUACUAGGAUUUUUGCAGCUUUUUUCUAGAAAACUAGCCCGUUUCCCUACGCUUUCUACAUACACUAAUUACUUUUAUUUGUACGUUCAAACUCCACUAUCAUCUCUCUCUCUCUCGAUACAUAUAUAUAUAUACAAACGCAUACAUAUACAUAUACAUAUAUAUAAUAUAUUAUAUUUAUAUAUAAUUUUUGCUUGCAUUUUUUGUUAUCAUCAUCAUCCUCCUCAUCAUGAGUUGGGCUAAUAUGGGACCUGAAUCAACGCGUAAACCACCAAUUCGUCCAACACGGCAAUCCUACGUCCCUCCUCCCUUUAGAAACACCACCGCCGCUGCAUUUGCUAACCCUAACGACUCGGGUCAUUACGAAAACGGGUAUGGUUUUCCUCAUUCUUCUUUUCCUUCACCCCGUCAACCCUGUUCAUCUCGCCGUGGUGGUGGUGGACAUGGCCGUGGCCGUGGCCGUGGCCGUGGACGUGGGCGUUCUCAAUCGCAGAUGAAGACUUACUACCAAAACCCAUAUGAUAAUCUAAGUGAAAGAUUCGAUGAGCUAGAAGUAAUAGAAGAUGACAACGUUAACUGUGUUAUAAACUUUGAUGCGUAUGAGGAUAUACCAGUGAAAGUCAGUGGCUCUGACGUACCAAAACCAGCGAAGGCGUUUAGUGAGAUUGAUUUAGGAAAGGGUUUAAACGAGAAUAUAAGGAGGUGUAAGUAUGUUAAACCAACACCUAUUCAAAAGUACGCCUUACCCAUUGCUCUUUCUGGUCGUGACUUAAUGGCUUGUGCUCAAACUGGCUCUGGUAAAACUGCUGCCUUUUGUUUUCCUAUUAUUUCUCUGAUUCUGAAACAAAACCAACCGAUCGUCGGGUCGGGUCGUGGUGAUGGUGGGACCCAUACUGCUUCCCCUUCUGCUCUCAUUUUAUCUCCUACCAGAGAGUUGUCUUGCCAGAUUCACGAGGAGGCACAGAAAUUUGCUUAUAAUACUGGUGUAAAGAUUGUGGUUGCAUAUGGGGGAGCUCCCAUAGUACACCAGUUUCGCAAUUUGGAGAAGGGUGUUGACAUAUUAGUUGCAACUCCUGGUCGCUUAGUUGACAUGAUUGAGAGAGGAAGAGUCUCUCUUGGAAUGGUGAAGUAUUUGGCCUUGGACGAAGCUGAUAGGAUGCUUGAUAUGGGAUUUGAACCUCAGAUUAGGAAGAUUGUUCAGCAAAUGGACAUGCCUCCACCAGGUGAAAGGCAAACCAUGCUUUUCAGUGCUACUUUUCCACUUGAGAUACAGAGACUUGCAUCUGAUUUUCUUUCAGACUACAUUUUUCUUACUGUGGGGAGAGUUGGUUCAAGCACUGACUUGAUUGCCCAAAGAGUGGAACUUGUUCAGGAUAUGGACAAAAGAAGCCGCCUUAUGGUUCUUCUUAGUGAUCAAAAGGCACUUGGAAGUCAUGGAAAGCGUGCUUUAACACUGGUUUUUGUGGAGACAAAGAGAGGAGCUGAUGCCUUAGAACACUGGUUGUCUAUGAAUGGUUUUCCAGCAAUAGCGAUACAUGGUGACAAAGUGCAAAUGGAGCGAGAACGAGCUCUAAAAUCCUUUAAGAGUGGAGCAACACCAAUUUUAGUUGCAACUGACGUUGCUUCGCGAGGCCUGGACAUCCCUCAUGUCUCCCAUGUCAUCAAUUUUGAUCUGCCAAAAGAUAUAGAUGAUUAUGUGCACAGAAUAGGCCGAACAGGACGAGCUGGUAAGUCUGGAGUGGCAACUGCAUUCUUCAGCGACAAAAACAUGUCACUUGCAAAGGGACUUGUUGAACUAAUGAAGGAGGCACAGCAGGAGGUUCCUUCUUGGCUCAACCAGUAUGCUGAUAAUUCAUCUUAUGGGGUUAGUGGUGGUGGACGCACUAAACGAUAUGGUGGCAGCAAGUUUGGUGGCUAUGACUUUCGAAGCGAUGCUCAAUCAUCUACUGAUAAUUAUUACAAUUCAAGUGCUCAUGGGGAUGCUGAUCCUGUUGGGGAUGCUUGUGCUUCUUCUGGUCCAUAUGGUGAAGUCUCAGCCAGUACUGAUUAUUAUGGCGGCCAAUCCAUCGAUGCCGGAUAUGCUUUUCCUGCUGGUUCUGAUUCUUAUGUUGCAUCCCAAGGAUAUGAAUACGGACACGAAGCUAUUGUUGCCAGCGGUUGGGAUUAGUAAUGAAUCUUCUUCUCUUGGCUAUAUCUACCUCUAUAUAUAUUAGUGAGUAUAAAAGUAAUUAGAUAUAUGAUAAAUGAAGGAAGAAAAGAAGUUGAUGAUUGCUGAAGACUAACCAAAGCUUGAACAUAGAGCUGACAAAAAUAUAAUUAUCAAAAUAUGUGGGUGAUGACACAUUAUUGGUGAUUUUGAUGGUAGUAGAUAUACUUUUGUUUUGAA